AUGGCUCUGUCAUAUUCCAAGUGGAAAUUACAUCGGACUGUGGACCGGUCUCCGCCGGAACAACCGUACCUCGGCGUUUCUAUCUUGAAGCCGCUAUCUGGUGUCGACCCUAACCUGUUCUCUAACUUGGAAACGUUUUUUUCGUUAGACUAUCCAACGUACGAACUGCUAUUCUGUGUGGAAAACGACCAUGACCCGGCCGUGAUGCUCGUCAACAGCUUGAUGCACAAGUUUCCUCAAGUGGAUGCGAGGUUAUUCGUCGGUGGAUUGAGAGUCGGUGUCAACCCUAAAAUUAACAAUAUGCAGCCGGCAUAUUUGGCGGCAAAAUAUCCCUUAAUACUAGUGAGCGAUUCCGGUAUACGUAUGCGGGAAGAUACACUAUUAGACAUGGUCCAGCAUAUGAAAGAAGACGUAGCCAUCGUCCACCAGAUGCCAUUCUGUUGUGACGCUGACGGUUUCGCGUCUGUUUACGAGAAGGUCUACUUCGGGACGGCGCAGGCGCGAAUGUAUAUGGGUGCGGAUUUCCUGGGCAUCAAUUGUCAUGUGGGCAUGUCGUCCCUGGUGAGACGAUGUGCGCUGGAGGAGACGGGUGGCCUGGCAGCUUUCGGCGAAUACCUGGCAGAGGACUACUUCAUGGCUAAAGCGGUCGUUUGCCGCGGCUGGCGGAUGAGGGUGGCGUCGCUACCUGCUCUUCAAAACACCGGUUCCAAGUCAGUGGGGGCGCUCCAAGCGCGUCUCAAGCGCUGGGCGAGACUUCGCAUAGCCAUGGUCCCGACGACAGCGCUCCUGGAGCCUCUCAGCGAGUGCCUGCCGCUGGGCGCGGGCGCGGCGUGGGCCGCCGGCGAACUAUUCGGCGCGGAGCCGCUUCCGUUCUUCCUAGUGCAUGUGUUAGUGUGGUUUCUAUCGGAUUGGUUGAUGUUGCGUACAGUGCAGAACGGUUCGCCGCCGUUCACUAAAGUUGAGUUUCUGCUGGGGUGGGUGUGGAGCGAGGUUUGUGCUCCGUUCGUACUGGCGGCCGCGUUGCUGAACCCAGAAAUCUCGUGGCGGACUCGCAGCUACCGGCUCGACUGGGGCGGCCGCGCCCACGAACUCAAACCCAAACUCAAGUUCUGA